AUGGUUGAAAUGACGAAUGCCGAGUGUGGCGAAGUGUGCAGAGCGAAGAAAACAGAUUUAGAAAGAGAAUUACGGCUGAUGCGUCGGGAGCUUAAAAUGAAAGAUGACUUGAUCAACUCUUUUGAGGAGAGACUGAAGCAAAUUCAGGAGCAGAAAGUGAAUAACGAUGCUCAUGAGUUGCAAUCUCAGGUUAAUGAUUUAUCGAAGAAAUGUCAACUGUUGGAGCAAUCGCUCUCAGCGGAAAACCGGCUUAAACAAGAUCUUUUUAGUGAACUAACGAAGACCCGGAGGCAAACAGAAACUUUGCAACAACAGCUUCAAGCUAAAGAUAUAGAGUUGGCUGAGGCAAGGACGCGUUAUGGUCCAGAGCCAUGUGAAAUACCCAAGCACAUAUCAGUAAAUAAUGCUCCUUCUUCGGCAUAUUUGUUGCGAGCUCCUCCAGGGCUUCAUCCUCCGAUGACUAAUGGUGCUUUAUCGAGCAUAGCACCUCGCAAGCUUUCAUCAUCAAUAAGUAAUGAGCACAAAAUGGAAGUUUUUACCGCUAUGAUUUCAAAUGCCGCCAAUAAUGUUUAUCGUCCGUAUGCGUUCAACGGUCAUACAUCAAACUGUGAACGGCCUGCAUUUGACAGUUCUCCAAAUGGUAGUGCACAAACAUCGAAAACUUCGUCGGCUACGUCAUUGAGUCCGCCCCCAAUCUCUCAUUCUACUGGAAAAAAUGAUGGUAUUGAUCCCAGUCGCUUUAAUGCCGGUAAAUUUAUUGCACGUGGGCCGAACUCCACUAGUGUUCAUUCGACUUGA